ACUAGAGGGGAGCUGUCAAGAGACUCAGCCCAUCAUCGUAGCCACAGCCUCAAAGCUCCACGCUACUACAUACUACUACUGCUAUUCAGCUCCUUCCCUCUCCUGUCUUUCUGUCCCUGUCCCUCUCUCUUAUGCUACCUGACUCCCUCCCUUCUUCUGUCUCUCUCUCUCUGUGCUGAGUGCAGCUCGUCCUGGGGCACUUACUGACUGCGUUUGUUUCUCUGCAUCACCUUGCAGUCAGUUGCCUGCCUGUGGGUUGGACCUCAGCACUUCUCUCUUUUUCUCUCCAGCUCUCUUUUCAUUUCAAUCUGUCCGCUGUACUUACCUGGUCUUGCAAAAAUGUAUCGGAACGCAAACCCAUGGAUCUCAAACUACCUGAGCCAUGUCAAGUUCUGCGGUCAAGGACUUGGGAGUGAGACCCCCAUCAAACUUGGGAAGGCAAGACUUUUACAGAAGAGGGCUCUUAGCUUCCAGAAAGUGUUCUCGUUCGAAGAGAAGGACGACCCGGCCAAGAACACCAAGGAUAUAGAUAUCAAUCUCUUGGCAAGCCUCCCUAAAGUUUCAGAAUUGAGGAAGCGUUUUGAAGGCAUCAGCCCUACCACUAGCUGUGACUGGAAAAUGAACAGGAAGGAGAGGAUUGCCCGGCGGUUGGAGGGCAUAGAGAGCGAAGUGCAACCCGCCAUAUUACCCAGCUGCCCAGGCCUGGUGACCAAUCGGCUGCUAGAGGAAGACACGCCCCGUUACACACGUGCCUCAGACACCUGUGACCCCUGUGUUGUCACAGUACAAUGUUACAGUAAGGAGGACAUGGAGAGUCCAGAGAUGAUGACCCAUCAGCAGGUCACUGCUCCAGAGAGGCAGUCCAGAGCCCGGUGCCGACCCGAGGAACACACCCAGACCGUCCUCACCGAACCCACAGACCCCGCUGGUACCGACCUGGACUCCAAGGUGGAGCGGAUUGCCCGCUACAAGGCGGAAAGGCGUCGCCAGCUGGCCGAGCGCUAUGGCAUCUCGCUGGACCAAGAGCCAGACACCAUUGCCACCGACCACUUAUUUUCCCGAUACGGCACCUCCAGUGGACACAGUGAGUUGGCGUCUUCCUCUGAGAGGCAACAGGGCUACACACACCCCGAAAUACGCUGCAGGGCAGAGUCUGUGGGGGAUGAACCCUCCUACACAUCCAGCAGCACCAGGGUGGGGAGAGUGGCCCCCCAGCCAAGGGUUUACGGCGAGCCUGGCCAGGGGCGACCCAGGGUGGACUCAUUCACGGAGAGGGAGAGGGUGGGGAACCUGGAGAACCAGCGCAGGGCGGCUCAGCAGGAGAGGAACGUCAAAGCCCCCGAGCCACAGCAGCCAUCUUCCUCCACCUACAUGGAUGUGACGUCAUCGACCUCGGCCAAAGUGCCCGUUGCUAAGGACUACACCAUCAUGGGGUUGCCCCCCAGCUCGCCCAAGACGGGCCGGAAGUCCUUGCUGCCCUCCCCCAAACAGGAGGUUUCCCCUGGGGACCUGUUCAUAGAGCAACAGUCCCACAACAUCCUCAGCAGAAAGGGCCCGGAAGUGAAACCAACCAGCGAUUGGUUCCUCCAGACUGAUUCGGCGGGCAACACCCAGUCCCUUAUCAACUGGCCCUCCAGGUCUUGUUUGAGCCCAGAUCUACCCAACACUGAAGCCGAUGAAGAGAAGUUGGAUGAGCGGGCCAAGCUGAGUGUUGCAGCCAAGCGUUCUCUCUUCAGAGAGUUGGAGAGGAACACGGAUGGGGGCGCCCCAAAACCACCGUCACGGAACGUGGCCAUGGAGAGGCGACUGAGACGCACCCAGGACCGCUCCCAUACCCAGCCAGUCACUACUGAGGAGGUGGUCAUCGCUGCCACUGUCUCUGCUCCUUCGUCACAAACCGUGUCGGACCAUACGGCGGUAGCACGCAUCCCUAGCCCCACUCUAGUCAGCAGCAAACUGACACCAUACAGCCUGCAGGCGUCCUCGCAGCAGAGUGCUGCAGCCAGGGAGCAGGCCAGGGAGGCGCGGCAGGCCCAUAAUGCCCUGGAGUUCCAGAGGGUGGCUCAGCGGACCUCCUCCAAGCUCCUACAGACCUCCUCUCCUCCUGAGAAUCAUCAGGGCCAGGGGGACGCAGAGCCGGAUUUGUCCACCCUAAGCUUGGCAGAGAAGAUGGCUCUGUUCAACAGGCUGGCCCAGCCAGCCACCAGGGUGACCUGCACCAGGCCUGAUAGCAGGGGGCGCAGGGCCAACGCCCGCUACCAGACCCAGCCCAUCACCCUGGGAGACCUGGAGCAGGAGCCCUCAGACACUGACCCCUGUGAUGAGCAGGAGCUAGGUGACGGGGGCCAGUGUGACAUCACACAAAUCCAUAACGGGGCCAGGUUGGGCCAGCUAUCCUCAUCAGCCCUCAGACCUGGGGCCACGGUCUCCACAGACCACGCAGGGGACAUCCACUUAGCCAGGGGGGGCGGGGGUAGCCCAGCCGAGGCCACUCCCGCUGCACCAAACCCUGGGUACUACGAGAGGUCCAUCCACCAUCACCCUAGCCCUCCCACCCAGAUCACAGAACCGACCAAUGCUGUCUGGAGGUCUGUGCCCGGUCCCCACCACCAAGCCUCUCUGGAUCUCCAGAUGCACCAGGCUGACACCACCACCAUCCUCCCCAAGGGAGAGGAGGGUGAUCUGUGGGGAGGGAAGAGAAAGCUGCCAUCUCCGGAGGGAGGUGUCAGAAAUCCCCCCCUGCCCCAGCCUCAGGCCCGGUCUGGGGGCAGGGAGUGGGAGGAGGAGCAGCAUGUGGCCAGGAUGGGUGGUGGUGAGGGUGUGGAGCCCCAGCGCGUGUUGAAUGGGUCAGAGAGCGGUGGUGGUGGUCUCCACCAGGACCAGAGGCAGCACCAGGAGCAGAGGGGCUAUCUGAGACAGUCAUCAUUUGACCUCCAGGACCCAGACAGACACAGGUCAAAGGUCAUCAGCACUGAGCUGCCAGACUCCAGUGUGUCAUCAUCGAGAGCAGCAGAGCAGCUAAGGAGUGCAUCUCUCUCUCCACACACACUGCUGCCUCAGGCUCGGGAGCUGGGCGGCGCAGACACACACACAGACGGCAGCAGUGAUCUGGGAUACACACACAGCCUGGUCCAGUCGGAGCAAGAGGACAUAGAGCUCUCAGAAGCAAUGUCGGCUAGACAGAUGUCCAUCAAAGACAGGCUGGCCCUGUUGAAGAAGAGUGGCGAGGAGGACUGGAGGAACAGGAUUAAUAGGAAGCAGGACGUGGUGCAGGUGGCCGUGUCAGAACGUCACGCUCAGCUAUGGGAGGUGGAGCAGAGCUUCAAGAAGAAGGAAGAAGGGAUGCUGAUUAAUGAGUUGGCUGUGUCUGAUCAGCUCUGGAAGCCCGUCUUUACCACCACUUCCUCUCCUCCUGAUCUCCCUGACAAUGAUAUUAAUCAGUGUCUUGAUCAGAACAGCCAGGCUACCAGUCCCCCUAUGUCCAGAGUCAACAGCCCCCACUUGUCUGGAAACUUCAGCCCCCCCUUGUCCAGAGUGACCAGUGCCUCCCUGGUUAGGGAUGAGAGGCACCCGUGGAGAAGGAAGCAGAGGAUGGGAGGAGGUGAGGAGACUACGGAAAACCAGAGCCAGCGUAUAGAGAUGUCCAUCCAUGAGAGGAAGCAGUUGAUCGUGGCCCGAGAGGAGGCCUGGAAGUCCAAGGGCCAUGGGGCAGCUAACGACUCCACACAGUUCACUGUGGCCGCACGCAUGAUCAAGAAAGGUCUGGUUUCUCCUUCUGCUCUCUUCAACCCUGUGACGUCUCUCUCCGCCAAACCCAAGAACACCACUCCAGCCAUCUCCAAGCCCCUGGAAGAGAUAGAGGCCAAACCGGACAUGAACCUGGAGUCAGACAGGAAACUGGAUAAGCUGGAGUCGUUCCUGGGCAGGUUGAACAGUAAAGUGGGCGGCCUGCAGGAAUCCACCAUCACAGUGACAGAGAAGACGGUCAAAGAAGUCAUGAAUCUGGAUGAUGAGAUGUUCGAGAAGUUCUACCGCCACGUGGCCGAGAUGCCCCUCAACAUGAACAGCAAGGUGGACAUCAAUGACGACUUUGACGACAUCUUCGGUGGUACCCAGAUACCCAAGCUGACCUCAGCCAUGGUGGAGCACAAGCGGUCGGUGCGUCCAGUGCGCAACGUCCAGUCAUCCAGGAACCCUCUUAAGAUGCUGGCGGCCAGAGAGGACAUCAGACACGAGUACACAGAGCAGAGACUCAACAUCGGCCUGCUGGAGAGCAAGAGGAUGAAGCAAGAGAAGAUGAAUAAAAAUAGUGGAUUCUCUGAGGUGGCUCUGGCGGGGCUGGCCAGUAAGGAGAACUUCAGCAGUGUCAACCUGCGUAGUGUCAACAUCUCCGACCAGAUGUCCAACAACAGCGCUGUGCCCUACAAGAAACUCAUGCUCAUGCAGGUCAAAGGCCGAAGGCACGUCCAAACCAGACUAGUAGAGCCCAGAGCGUCCUCUCUAAACAGCGGGGAUUGCUUUCUGCUCAUCACUCCCCAUCACUGCUUCAUCUGGACCGGAGAGUUUGCCAACGUCAUCGAGAAGGCCAAGGCUGCUGAGCUGGCCCAGUUCGUCCAGACCAAGAGAGAUCUGGGUUGCCGUGCCAACUAUGUAGAGCUGAUCGAGGAGGGUAUCAACACACACAGCUACGCUGCCAAGGAGUUCUGGAAGAUUCUGGGCGGACAGACCAGCUACCAGUCCGUGGGGACACCAGACGAGGAUGAGCUGUAUGAGAGCGCCAUCGUAGAAACCAAUUGCAUCUACCGCCUAGUGGACGACAAACUGGUCCCCGAUGACGACUUCUGGGGGAAGGUACCCCGAUGCACACUGCUCAGCCCCAAACAGGUGUUGGUGUUUGACUUUGGCAGUGAGGUGUAUGUGUGGCACGGUAAGGAGGUGACUCUGGCCCAGAGAAAAGUUGCCUUCCAGCUGGCAAAACACCUGUGGAACGGAAUCUUCGACUACACAAACUGUGACAUUAACCCCCUGGACCCUGGAGAGUGCAACUCACUCAUACCCAGGAAAGGCCAGGGCCGUCCAGACUGGGCUGUGUUUGGAAGGUUGACGCAACACAAUGAGACCACCCUGUUCAAGGAGAAGUUCCUGGACUGGACAGACUCCAAGAAGAAAGGUACCACCAAGAAUGGCCAUGAGCACCUCAACGAAAACAACAAGGAGCAGCAGAGCCCGGAACAGAACAUGAUGCGGGCCUAUGAUGCCUCCCUGAUGCUGCCGCUGCUCCAGAACCCAGUUCGUACGGUGUUGGAUGGGGUGGAUGUGGGCCGGGGCUAUGGCCCGGUGGCAGGGGACGACCACAGGCACUUUGAGAUCAGCACCACCGCAGUGGACAUCUGGCACAUACUAGAGUUUGACUACAGCCGGCUGCCCAAGCAGAGCAUUGGACAGUUCCAUGAGGGAGACACCUAUGUGGUGAAAUGGAAGUACAUGGUGAGCACCGCAGUUGGGAAGAGGCAGAAUCCGGACGCGGUGAGGAGCGCAGGAGCUGGGAAGGAGAAGUGUUCCUAUUUCUUCUGGCAGGGCCGGAAUUCUACCGUCAGUGAGAAGGGAACUUCAGCACUAAUGACUGUAGAACUGGACGAGGAGAGAGGAGCACAGGUCCAGGUGCAGCAGGGGAAGGAACCUCCAUGUUUCCUGCAAUGUUUUAAUGGAGGGAUGGUGGUCCAUGCAGGGAAGAGAGAAGAGGAGGAGGAGAACUCACAGAAUGACUGGAGGUUGUACUGUGUGCGGGGGGAGGUCCCAGUGGAGGGCUACCUGCUGGAGGUAUCAUGCCACUGCUGCAGUCUGCGCUCCCGGACCUCUAUGGUGCUUCUCAGCGUCUCUAAAGCAACCAUGUACGUGUGGCACGGCUGCAAGGCCCAGCUCCACACCCGCGACGUGGGGCGCACCGCCGCCAACAAGAUCAAAGAACAGUGUCCGUUGGAGGCGGGGCUCCACAGCAGCAGUAAGGUGACCAUCCAUGAGUGUGAUGAGGGGGCGGAGCCUACGGGAUUCUGGGAAGCUCUGGGAAGGAGAGAUAGGAAGGCCUACGACUGCAUGCUCCAAGAUCCAGGGAAGUUCAACUUCACCCCUCGUCUCUACCAGCUGAGCAGUACGUCUGGAGAGUUUGUGGCCAUGGAGUUAUUCUACCCAGCCAGAGUAACGGAGGAGGUCAACUCACUGCCCUUCCUACAGGAGGACCUCUACACUGCCUCUCAACCAGCCCUGUUCCUGGUUGACAACCACCACGAGGUCUACCUGUGGCAAGGCUGGUGGCCCCAGGACAGCGAGAGCCCCGGCUCGGCCCGUAUCCGCUGGGACGCAGACAGGAAGUGUGCCAUGGAGACGGUGCUGCAGUACUGCACAGAGAAGAAUGAGAAGAAGCCACCCAAGGCGUAUCUGAUCCAUGCGGGACUUGAACCUCUAACCUUCACCAACAUGUUUCCCUGCUGGGAACACAGAGAGGACAUAGCUGAGAUCACUGAGAGGGAGGCGGAGGUUUGUAACCAGAUAAUUCUGGUAGAGGAUGUGUUGGCACGGCUGUGUAAGACCACCUACCCCCUGGCAGACCUGCUGGUACGGCCCCUACCCGAGGGAGUCGACCCCCUACGCCUGGAGCUCUACCUAGACAAUGAUGACUUUGAGGGUGUAGGGGCUUAUGGGAAGAAAGCUCUGGAGAUGUCGAGGGAUGAGUAUGAGGUGUUGCCAGGUUGGAAGCAGGUGAACGUGAAGAAAGCCAAAGGAUUGUUUUAGUACGUUGGACAGAAGGCUUGUCCACCGGAUGACAUCAUCAGCAAGCGACGGUCAGUCACUGAGGUGCAUCGUGGUCCAGUUGGAACUCGCCACUGAGAACUGAGUUUAACAUUUAACCCCUUCAUCUCCGGAUUGGAGAGGGCUUGGGAACACACUCUUCUGAGUACCCUACCCUAGGAGGGAGGGAGGGAGGGAGGAGAGAUGCAGUGGUGAUAGGAGUGAGGAUCAACAGAGUUGUGCCAGCCUCGUGUAUAGUUUUCUUAUUUUCUUAAUUUUAUUUGUAUGUGUUACCAGUUUUGUUUUGUAAUUAUAAAUGUAGGUAGUUCAGAGCCAUGUGAGUGAAUGUUGAGUGGAUGUUUAUGUAAUCUGUCGGCACCCGGCUUUUUAAAUCUACACAGUGUGUGCGGUUGUGUGUGCGUGUGUCUUUGUGCGUGCGUGUGUGUGUGUACCCAUGUGUGGUGUGUGUGUGUGUGUGUGUGCGUGCAUGCUCGUUUGUGUGUGUGUGUGGGUGUGACCAUGCUUUUACAGUACAUACAGCAGUUUGUCAGUUGGUCUGGGAGCAGGAGAACCACUGCUGACACACCCCAAAUAGACUCUCUGCAAGCUGUUCUUUUAUGUGUGUUUUGUGCAUUACAAUCAAUCAUUUAUGUUUAUAUUUACUCCAUAAUAGGAAUAAAAAGCCUUUUGAGUAUUGUCUGUGACAUAAGAAAUAAAAUAAAUUGUAUUGUUAUUCAUGUUGAGGUUGUCAUAUGUUAAUAAGUAGUUGGACAAUAAUGCUCCUUUCCCCAGAGACUGUACAUGUCGCCAUUUUAUUGAACAAAUCAUGUAUCUACUACAUUCUGAUGUGUCUGUUAUCAUUGCUAUGCUGUCCUGCAUCAUUCAGGUGCUCAGAUUAAAGAUCAUUGUUGUAUUUUACGGGCAUGAAUUUACAGAAAUAGAAAGACGAGAAGAAUCUUAUAAAUUCAACAUUGUAUAGUGCCUUGCUUUUAUGUACAGUUUAUAUACAGAACGAUACUAGUCUGUGUUUUAAAGACUAUUUGUGAUAUAAAGGAUAUUAGAGAAAUAAACAUUGAAGGUAAAUCUA